GAGGGUUGCGACUGCUUGCAAGGGUUCCAACUGUGCCAUUCUCUUGGUGGUGGCACUGGUGCAGGCAUGGGAACACGACUGAUUUCCAAAGUGCGAGAAGAGUAUCCAGAUCGUAUCAUGGAGACAUUCUCAGUGAUUCCAUCGCCGAAGGUGUCCGACACAGUCGUGGAACCGUACAAUGCUGUCCUGAGUUUUCACCAGUUGGUGGAAAACUCCGAUGAAUCCUUCUUGCUGGACAACGAAGCUUUGUACGACAUUUGUUUCCGCACUUUGAAGCUGACCACGCCCACUUAUGGUGACCUGAAUCACUUGGUGUCAGCAGCAAUGUCGGGCGUAACUUGCUGCCUGCGCUUCCCGGGACAGCUGAACUGUGACCUGCGCAAGAUUGCUGUGAACCUUGUGCCGUUCCCCCGGCUGCAUUUCUUCAUGACUGGCUUUGCGCCUUUGACUUCCCGUGGCUCGCAGCAGUAUCGUGCACUCACUGUUCCAGAGCUGACGCAACAGAUGUUCGAUGCGAAGAACAUGAUGUGCGCGGCUGAUCCUCGACAUGGCCGCUACCUGACAGCGGCCGCUCUCUUCCGUGGCCGCAUGUCAACAAAGGAGGUCGACGAGCAGAUGCUGAACGUCCAAAACAAGAAUUCCUCCUACUUUGUCGAGUGGAUCCCCAACAACAUCAAGGCAUCAGUGUGCGACAUUCCACCAAAGGGACUGAAGAUGGCUGUCUCAUUCGCAGGCAACUCGACCGCCAUCCAGGAGAUGUUCAAGAGGGUGGCGGAGUACUUCACAGCAAUGUUCCGCCGCAAAGCCUUCUUGCACUGGUACACCGGUGAGGGUAUGGAUGAGAUGGAGUUCACUGAGGCCGAGUCGAACAUGAACGAUUUGGUCUCGGAAUACCAGCAGUACCAAGAUGCAACUGCUGAAGAGGAGGGUGAAUUCGACGAGGAGGAGGGUGAGUACGACGGAUGACAAAGGUCAUCACGCACUUGAGACCACCACAGAACCUUUUGUCUCAAGUUCUCGACCUGUCUCGCUGUCUGAAGUACUG